ACGAGGCUGAAGUCCGGGACGAGCGGAGCAUGCACCUGCGACGCAGUCCGAGAGAGCGGAACGAUGCUGUCGAUUUCAACCAGUCGGUUAUUAAUGACCGAGAUGACACGGAUAGUAAUUACGUGCUUUAUUCGUUUUAAACGACUCCGGUAAGAAAGCGGCGCUUUUGGAGCCGAUCGGGAGCCGAUUUGAAGAGCGAAUGUCCCAAGCAUCAUCCCAGGUGUUGCUUUUCACCCUACCUCUGACAUCGGAAGAAUUCCAGGGCCUUCUUUAGUAGCUGGGUGUCAAGUGCCAUGUCAGAGUUAGAGGACUUCCCACCUCCACGGGGCCCCCAGCUAGCCGACCCGGCCCGCAUUCAGCAGGACCUGCUGGAGGAGCAGGUGGAGCUCUGGUGGUUCAGUGAGCCCCGUAAAUCACUGCUGUGCUAUUGUGCGUCGGUGGCCCUGAUCCUGGGCUGUGGGCUUGGCGGUGUAGGCCUCCUCUCCACCACCACCAGCCUGUCCAGCGAGUGGAGGCUGGGCGCCGGCACCGCCCUGUGCCUGCUCGCCCUGGCCGUGCUGCUGAAGCAGCUCCUGAGCUCCGCCGUGCAGGACAUGAACUGCGUGCGCAGCCGACGGCGCAUCGACAUGCUUAAGAGUGGCGGCCUGUCGGAUGUGCUGGUCGUGCUGGUCACGGGGCUGGCGCUGCUCGUGUGCGGGGCUGUGCUUCUGGAUGUGGCCCUAGCAUACCACAUGCCCAAACCAGGCUGGGCCCUGAAUGAUAUGUUCAUCUCAGGGGUGGCGCUGCUGGCGGGUGGGGGGUUUACGGUGCUGGCGGUGGGCAUGUAUUCGGCCGUGGUUUUCCUCUUGGAGAGGACACGGCCCGAGCAAAGCCUGCGGGACAGGGUGGCCGAGGUCUUCACCGUUUCAGGACACAUGCGGCCCAGGAGAGAGACCACGUCAAGCCUGGCGCAGCUCAUAUGACUUUAUCUACGGAUGGUGCCCCCUAGAGAAACUUCGGGUAACAGCGUGCACAAAAAUACACACAGUAACGAAACAGGCCAGCGAACGGAUCUAUAAGAAAAAUCUUUUUUUUUUUUUUUUUUUUCCUUCUUCAGAGACCACUUGCCUGCAAGAGGAUCAAUUGCAAAACACAGCCACUAAUCAACAUUUUGCACAAUAGACUAUGAUUGAUUGAAGAAUGUAUGAAACUGCAACAACUCUGGUAAAACACACCUGACAUACUGUAUGUAUCAUCUUGUCUACAUUUCUGUCAUUUACAAUGAGAUGUCUAUUGAAUGUUGUCAUGUUGAAACAUGAUACUAAGGACUUAAGGCAUAAGCUUCAAAUCUUAACUGUGAUACACUGAUAGGUUUUCUCCCAACAAAAAGAUCAAUGAAAGGGCAAUAAUGGGGUUUAAAUAAUGAAUUAUUUUUAGUUAAAACAUGCUGUUCUCACAACACAACCACUGCCUUCCUGCAGCAUCAAUGAGCCUUACCAAAACAUCAGUCCCUCAACAUCAAUGGAUCGUGUGUGACCUUCACACUCUUAUUUAUGGGAGCAAAGGGACGUAUGCCAAGCGGCGGGGGGGGCGGCAUGUGGACCUUGCUUGUCAGAGUUGUUUCGUUUGUGUGACAGGUUGCCAUGCCAUGCCAUGUUGCAUGUGUGUGAUUUUUAUACUCUGAGCUUUAUUACACUCGCCACUAAGCGCUGCAGAUGGGGGGAAAAAAAAAACAAAAACAAAAACGUUUCUCCAUCCGUCAAGGCAGAAGUAAUGCGGAAGUGUAUUUUAUAAAUUUUCUUUGAGUCAGAACAGAGGCAGCGUGAGCAUACUUAUGACCCUAGAUGUCUUAACUUGCUUACUGGGGUCAAUAGAAAUGCAAAAGCACAGAUGGCAAACCUUUGGAAUUUGGCUAAAAGAUUUUGGCAAGUUUUGUGUGUUUGAGCUUUCUACGUGACGUCGCUAGUGUCAAACAAUGCGGGUGAGUGGUAUAAUGAACCUCUUCCAAAGCCAAAAGGCUCAAGUGAUGUGAUUUAAUAUAUAACUGCUGAAAGUGAGUCACUUCGUCUCAUUUUUUAGGUUGGAAACAUUUGAGUAAGAAAAGCCAUGCGACAAAACAAAUGAUUUCAUUUUGCUAUGGUUCUCUUUACAAAAUACAUGAAAUAAAUAAACAGAAAGCCAAAGUGGUUCUGUUUGAGCUGGUUCUGUUUCCUUCUCAGUGAAGUAAGUGUGUGCGUUUUUGUGUGAGUGCGUGUAUGAGCACGCAUGUGUGUAAGUAUUGGGACAUGCUGUGACACUGCUUCUCCAGCUGUGUCCCUGCAGGCUCUUGCAGGAGCAGAGCUGGGUGAGUGGAGGUCCAGAGACAGCCUGGGUGUCACGGGCAGGGCCAUGCCUGCUUUCAUCCACCACAGACAGCCCAUUGUGCUUAAAGCUGUUGUCAGUCACAACCUGAACAAUGGCAGUCUCUGUUAUCCAUUGUCUUUAAGCCAUUAUGCUCUCUCAUGCAACGCCCAAUAAGCCUCGCAAGAAAGAGCCUGAACCUGGCAAAGUAACUAUUACAUCCUCUCACACACACACACACACACACAUAAAAACUCACAUAUACAGUUCAUGCGUUUCAGAUUGAUUAGAAUGAUUUUGCAUAAUAUUUUCACUAGCAGUAAGACUGGUUAAUGUUAAUAAUUCACAAAGUGACCAUUCAGCUUUGAGCUUUGAGCUUUAGUCGAACAGCUCAAUAACCUGUGGCACUAUUAAUCAGCUGAUAAAGUGGAGAGACAGACAAACUGUGAAGCCAUUCCGAACACUUUCUUCUGGCAGAGAUCAAAAGGUUUAAUAUAAGUAGUAUGAACAACAAGACAAUACACAGUAUAAAAAAAACCUACCCCAAAAAGGGACAAAACACUGCCAUUUCUUUCCUCACAGUCACACGUACAGUAUCAAGUAGAUGUUAUCACUAAAUAAAAACUGAGAUCAAAAGCAUAUUUCCGAGGC